AUGGAAAACUACCAGAAAGUGGAAAAAGUCGGCGAAGGAACGUAUGGCAUUGUGUACAAAGCCCGGGAACUGUCCACCGGUCGGAUCGUCGCGCUCAAGAAGAUUCGACUGGAACCGGACGAAGAGGGCAUUCCGUCCACGGCCAUGCGGGAGAUCUCUCUGCUCAAAGAGCUGUCGUCGCACCCGAACGUCGUGUACCUCUACGACGCGCUGUACCAGAAGAACAAACUCUAUCUGGUCUUUGAGUUUGUCGAGCAGGACCUCAAGCGCUGCCUCGAGAAGCUGCCCGCGCGCAUGGAGGUCUUCCAAGUCAAGAGCUAUCUGUACCAGCUGCUCGCGGGCAUUGCCUUUUGCCACGCGAACCGCGUGCUCCACCGCGACCUCAAGCCACAGAAUUUGCUCAUUGAUCAGUACGGGAACCUCAAGUUGGGCGACUUUGGCCUUGCGCGGGAGUACGGCGUGCCGCUGCGACGGUAUACGCACGAAGUGGUGACGCUGUGGUACCGCGCACCGGAAGUCCUGCUGGGGGCAAAGCACUACUCGACGCCAGUCGAUUCGUGGUCCAUUGGGUGCAUCUUUGCAGAAAUGGUCAACAAACAGCCGCUGUUUCCAGGCGACUCGGAGAUCGACGAGCUGUUUCGCAUCUUUCGCGUGCUCGGGACGCCGGACGAGACGCUGUGGCCAGGCGUGUCGACGUUGCCGGACUACAAGACGUCGUUCCCGCAAUGGCGUCCGCAGCCGCUGUCGAAGGUCGUGCCGCAACUCGACCGCGUUGGCCAGGACCUGCUCUCGCGGCUGCUCGUCUACGACCCCAGUAGUCGCAUCUCGGCCCGUGCUGCCAUGUCCCACCCGUGGUUUGCCGACCUGCACCCUCAAUACGCUUCAUUCCGCAACAAUGGCAACGGCAAUGGCACGCAGACGUUUUUCUAG